CCCUGGGAAUUGAAGUUCUAGGUCAUGCUCGCAUAAUAUGCACCAUUCUGGACAUUUCCAAGCUGUGGAACCUGCCAAGAGAUGGUUGACGGCCGGGGGACGAUAUUGUAGACGUACAGGAGGACAGUUGCUGAUUGGUCGCUUGGCGGCGGUGGCGUAUGGGACGAUGGCGACCUUGGUUCUGGACAACGGGGCCAGCACAGCGAAGAUCGGCUUCAGUGAGGAGAGGCAUUUUGCCUAAUUGCCAGUUUCGCUCGAGGACUGCACGACUCAAAACUUUCACCGCCAACCAGAUAGAUGAGAUCAAGGAUCCCUCGGGUCUGUAUUAUAUUCUUCCCUUUCAGAAGGGAUAUUUGGUUAACUGGGAUGUUCAAAGGCAAGUAUGGGAUCACCUGUUUGGGAAAGAAAUGUACAAGGUAGAUUUUCCUGAAUCCACUAUAAUCAUCACUGAACCAUAUUUCAACUUUAAUUCCAUCCAAGAAUCAAUGAAUGAAAUCUUAUUUGAAGAAUAUCAAUUUCAAGCAGUCUACAGGACAAAUGCUGGGACAUUGAGUGCUUCCAAGUAUUUUGAAGAAAAUGAUUCUGAACUUUGCUGUGUUGUGGUGGACAGUGGCUACUCUUUUACACACAUUAUUCCUUAUUGUAAAAGGAAAAAGAUGAAUGAAGGUAUUUGCAGGAUUAACGUUGGAGGGAAACUGCUCACAAACCAUCUUAAGGAAAUAAUAUCUUACAGACAGUUGCACGUCAUGGAUGAAACUCAUGUCAUUAAUCAAGUGAAGGAAGAUGUCUGUUAUGUCUCACAAGACUUCUACAAAGACAUGGAAAUAGCCCAGCUGAAAGGAGAAGCCAACACUGUAAUGAGAGAUUAUGUGCUUCCAGACUUCAGUACCAUUAAGAAGGGUUUUUGUAAGCCUUUAGAGGAAAUGGUUUUCAGUGGAAAAUACAAAACAAGUGAGCAGAUUCUUCGUCUGACUAAUGAGAGAUUUGCUGUUCCCGAAAUCCUCUUUCAUCCUUCUGACAUUGGCAUUCAGGAGAUGGGGAUACCAGAAGCAAUUGUUCAUUCUGUGCAAAGUUUACCUGAGGAGAUGCACCCACAUUUCUAUAAGAACAUUGUCCUGACUGGUGGUAAUUCGCUCUUGCCGGGAUUUAGAGAUCGUGUUUAUGCUGAAGUACGAUCUCUUACACCGUGUGAUUAUGACGUGUCAGUUUUGCUGCCUGAGAAUCCUAUUACAUAUUCAUGGGAAGGUGGAAAGCUGCUUUCUGAACAUGUUGAUUUCAUGGACAUGGUCGUUACCAGAGAUGAUUAUGAAGAAAAUGGGCAUUGCAUUUGUGAGGAAAAGUUUGACAUCUAAUGCCAAAAGAAAUUAAGAGACAUUUACUUUAAAGAAAACAAUGAAUAUUCUGCAGAACUGGUACUGACACUUUCUGAAUGGAGGACAAGAGUUGUAAGUGCAGUUGUGAACUGUUUGGUAUUCAAUCUAGUAACUUGCCUUUGUGGUGGAGAGAAGCCCUACAUCACUGUUGGAGCAGUCCAUUCCCCAUUAUUUGGUCAAAGGCAGUUUUGCUCUUUUUUUUAGCAAAAAGCAAAAGAAACUACAAGUGCUAGAAAUCUGAAACACAAACUGAUAAUGCUGAAAAUACUCAGCAGGUAAGACAGUGUUUGUGAAGAAGAAAUCAGUCAAUGCCUCAAAUUAAAUGUCUUAUUAGAACUAGGGAAAGUUGGUCUGAGAUAUUUCAUCCUACUUUGAGGCUGUUCCACCCAUGUGUAACCGAACUACACUUGUUCAUUGUCUUUGCCAUUCAAUAAAGGGAUUAAAUUAAGGGAAGGAGGGAUUAUAUUUGAUAUCAUUCAGCAGCAUGUCCACAAUCCUGCAAAUCACAUCUUUUUCAAAUACACAUUACAAUCAAUGUGUUGAGGGAGCCUGUUUCAUUUGUCAGUUGUGACCAAGCAGGCACCAAAUUCUUCUCCAGUUUACUCCUGUUGGACUCAUACUAUUUUUUGACCAUUCCAAUAUGUGACAUUUGUAAAAGGCUCAAUAAUAUGAUGUGAUCGAUGCUUAUGCCAGACAGACUGACCCUCCUCAACACUGGAUGAGUUUGGCUGAAAUAUCCAUUUAUUUGCUAUGGGCAACAUGUUUGUGCCAUUUCAUUUUGUCAUACUUCAAUACACAGGAAACGAUGAUUUAAAAAAAAUAUCAAUUAUGUCAGAUGUAUAGAGCUACUUUAUACACGUGAAGCAUGAGUUCACACGUUUUCAUUCAUUAUCUGUUAAAGCAGCAGCUAAGAUGAGCAAUUUGAAAAUUGGACAGAUCUUGUGUAGAAAUGAGACACAUCUAACAUUAUUUUGUAGAUCUUUAUUUAAAAAAUGAAUCAAAACCUGACAGAGUUGGAGUUGUUUUGUUUUAAGAGGCAAACCCAGGUGAGUUUCCUCAGUGGUUGUGACCCUGAAAGGCAAAUAUAAAAUAAAUUAACUUCUCUAUCAAAUGGAUGUUAAGAGUUGACAUUUUAUUCUAGGGACUUAAAUCUAAGCUAAUGCUUCAACCUGUUAUUGAGUUAUGUGUUGGAAUUUUCUGUGUCAGCUCUCUGUUGGGAGUUUUAAGAUUUAUAGGAACUAUGUAGUAAAGAGCAGAGAAGUUGUGUUCUGGGCAGGGUCCAAUGUCACAAAAUAUUGGACUGUUUUUAUCAGCUUUUUUUGUAGAAACUUGCCAAUAAUUUGACUGUUACAUUUCUUAUGACAGAAAAUAUUUCAUGGACAGUGUUUGCUCCGGAGGUUAUGAAUAACACUGACCAAUUGGUAGACAGUCCCUUUAAGUCUGUUAAAAUCUUAGAUCUGACCAGCAGACGGCAGUCUUUCUUAAAUUGACAGCAAUAGAUUAACAAAUCUGACUGGUGUGGAAAGGCUAUAUCGAUCACAGAUAAACAUUUAGCAUGAAAAUCUAUUUAAUAAUUUAAAGUCAAAAUCAAUUUUAGUUUGAACCUUAACAUGAGACUGGUAAGUCAGUUAUCUUUCAAAUUAUCACAACACAGUGGAAACAGAAAUAAGCAUUUAUAUUUAUCAGACUUUGGAGAGGAUUUCAAAGUUAACAUUCAAACUUCAAUCUUGUGAAUAUCUGAGGUUUGUAAUUCUGGACAGCUGCCCUGUUAAUUUAAGAUUAUCCGAUACAAGUAGGCAUUAAAAAAAACGUGUGGAUUACUCACUCAGUCAAUUCCUUGGUACUUUUUAUGUCACUGGUAUUUGUGAAGGUCGCUUUGGAGUUGAGAUCUUCAGGCCUCAUUUGUUUUCCCAGAGCACAACUGAGGAGCAAUAUUCUCCGAUGUUUCCCAUUCAGGAUUUGGCACAAAGUUAGGAUCUCACAUGUGUGGAUGAAUGUCUGUGGUGUGAUGUGAAUGCAGCCUGGGACCCACAGAGCAUGAAAAUUAAUUUUUGGCAUAUUCAACAGACAUGAAGUUCUGAUGGCUUAACCAGUUAAAAUAUUCAGACAAUUAUAGAGGAUUUUGGUGUGUAUUUAUACAGUUCAAGACUCAAUGAGCAUUUAAAUUAAUUUUUGGGAUAUAUAGUUAGGACAAAGUUCUGUUAGUGUAACCAUUAUAUGAUUGUAGAGCCAUUUUAAUGCAAAUUAUAAUUGAAUUCUGAAGCAAGCUGUGUAUUAAUUUCAAAAACUACCUCAGUUUGAUAUUAUGCAGUGAUACAGCCACAUUUAUUUGUACAGAUGUUGUCCCUUCCACUUGGCUGUGUGACGGAGCAAGGGAGCUCAUUCAUGAUUAGGGCACAAGUAGAACAGUGGUAGUGACAGUUUCAUAACUUAUUGUGUCAUCACCCAUGGAUGCUCAUGUAAUCCAAUCAAGAAAGGUUUCACAACCUGGGGUCCACAAACCCCUUUCUUAAUGGCAUUGGUUCAUGACAUAAAGAAGGUUGGGAACCAUUGCUCAAGGAACUAUUGGUAGUUCUAAUGCAGAGUCAGAGGAUAACAUUUGAUCAGGUCAAAGUGGAGCCAAUAUGGUCCAGUUGUGGGCCAGCUACACCAUCAUUCAAAUUACUGGUGUUCAACAAAGAAACCACAAGAGGGCAGUCUUUCUCAAUUGCUUAGUUGUUUUACGCAGUGGUGGAGGGGAAGGGAGGGAACAGUAAACUCCAGUUUUAAAUUCAUUACUUAUCACAGCUUUGUUAUUCCAAAUGUUUAAAAGGGGAAAAAAGGUUAAAGUUUCAAGAAAACAUUUCAUAAAGAGCAGUUCUAUGGAAUUCCUUUUCAUUACUUUCACAGAUAGCCUUCCACUUGAACUUUAGGAUAACUCAUCUUCACAUGGAAAAUAUAUUUGAAAUUAUAUUCCUGAUUUAUUUCUGAAUUGGGCAGAGCUUACAUCAGUAUCUUUUACAGUCAUGGGGAUAAAUUUUUCAUCAUUAUGAUCCAAUAUUUGUAAUAGCGUUUAAAUAAGAUUGAUCUUUUUGAUCAAGUCAAGACCAUGACAAAGUAGUAGUUUGGAUUAUUCUGCUCAUAAAUUCUUCAGAACUGCAUCCUUGGUGUAAUUGGAUCUUAUUUUGAACUUUGUGGUUCAUUUUCCAUUACCUAGCUCAUUUCCCUCAAAGCACCAACUUGUUUGUAGUUUAGGUCAUGCCUAGGGCAACAAUUUCAGAUAACUUAGCCUGGGUAUCACAGUAGCACUGCACUAUUACAUCUGGGCUGUUGGAGUAAGGACUGUAUGUCCCCCUCCCCUGUGGAAUGCAUGAGUUGCCUCUGGGUGCUUCAGUUUCCUCCCACAGUUAAGAGGUUAAUUGGUCAUUGUAAAUUGUCCCAUUAGGUUAGAGUUAAAUCGGGGAUUGCUGGGCUGUGUGGCUGGAAGGGCCUGUUCUGCACUGUACCUCAACAAAGCCCAGUCACAACUUUCUUGCAAAAUUUAAGCAUAACUUGUAUUUGCGAUUGAGAUUAUAGGAGGAAGGUAAAUGGUCAAAGGACAGACAUAAAAUCAUAUCCUAGAGCUUUUCUGAUCUGAAUGGUUUAUUUUACAAAGUAGCGAGUGAAGUUGAACGUAGGAGACAUUUAAAAACGUUUUCCUCCUAUCCUUAAUCAGAUCUAUUGCAAAUAAUAAAAUAUAAAAAUUUGUGGAUUAUACAAUCACUACAUUCAUUAGUGGUCAUUGAAAUCACUGGCCCUGUUGUGUGUAUUUAUGUGGACCCUAGAAGUUACUAACUUCUUUUGGAAUAAAAAUUUUAGAAACUUGGGAGAGCAAGCAACAGAAUGGAGUCAGCUAGGUAUUAGAGGGCAAUUAAAUCAGAAUCGAGGCUGUGAUGAACAUUAAAAAAGAUCAAUGUCUUUAACGGCAAAAUCUAGUCCUCAAAAUUUAUUCCAAUUUCUUCAGUACCUUCAGCAGGUGCUAUAAGCGAUGAAGAUAUAAAAUGGGCCUGGGGGUGUGAAGGGAACUUACACAAUGGAUGCUCUGGACUUGCGGGCAUUGUUUCUGCUGGAGGAAAAGGUAGAAAAUUGAGGGAGGAAUGCAAACUGAAAACGUGUAUGGGAUCAUGUUCCUGUGUUUGGAACUGGAUGAUCACGGUAUUACUUAAUAACAUCAUCUCUACAUUUGUGGCCUUAUGGUCUUUUCAUUCCUUUUUCUGCAUAUUCUAUGAUUGUUCUCCCACCCCUAAAAUCUACCUCACAUUGCAACUUCACAUUAGGCAAAGAUGGCAUAGUGUUGUUGCAGAGCCUCUGAAUCAGAUGAAAUUUUCUAAUGCAUGUUCACAACUCUUUCUCUCUCCACAGCUGUGACCUGCCAUUACUAAAUAUUCACUAAUGCCUUGUCCUUUAAAAAAUGUAAAAUCAGUGGGAACAUUUACUUAUUGAUAAACAAAAAAGAGCAUUUUUCAAUUCUUCAAUAUUCUUGGCCUUCACCAGUUUGCGAAAUAGUUAAAGGAUAUUUUUGUUUAGGUAUGUUCUUGACACCCAUACACAUCACUAAUUUGAAACUAUCUAGAAGUGAUGUCGUUCAACAUGAGUUUGAAGGCUUGUGCAGUUUGACUGCAAUGGUGGAAACAGAGUUUCAGUAUCAAAGUAGAACAUGUCCUUGUCCUUCUUUGAUAUUAAAAUGCGUAAUGCCUUUUCCACUGAAAUGCUUCUAGAAGACUUCACUCGUGAAACUUACUUUAUUUUUGCAAACAAAUUCAGUCUAAUGUAAUUCCUGCACAAGCUACUGUAAAAUGUAUUUAUUACUUACAUGGUCACUAAAUCUAUGCCAUGUUUAAUGUAAUUGUAAAUAAAAAUGGGUUAAACAUUGGCUAUAAAAAGUGAACUACACCAAUUUUUUUUACGUCAUUGAAUUUAGUCACUAAAAUGAAUAAUACAAAAAUACUGAGUUUAGAUUGUAUUUUAUCUUAAGCAUUUGCUUCUACUGGAAAUAUUUCAAUAAAAUGUAUUGAGUAAAAGAUG